CAGUCGCCAUUCGAUUUUGCGCUGUGAACGUCAACUUCAUGCAAGAUUUUAUUAUUAAUAAUACCCACAAUGUGGACGCAACCGGUGCUCAUAUCCAUUUGUCUUUUGCUGCUCGGUGCUGCUUCAGCUAAACAACCCGCCGACUAUGAUGAUAUCGUCAAAGAGCUCGAAAAACUACUUCUAAAUUCCGACCCAAAUAUAAAUCCUUCAAUCGAAAAAUUAAGGAAGUGUGAUCACGAAAGCGGAGAAGAAGCUAGAUGUGUCAAGAAAUCUCUAUGUAAACUGGCGGCGCCUGCUUUGGAUCGCAGCACUCAAUUCGAAUAUAGAGAAUUAAUAGAAGGUGGUUGCACAUAUCUUCAAACUUGCUGUCCGGAGAGUCAAAUCAAUCUUACUAAUCCGUCACCUCCUUUAAAUAUACAAAACGUUGGAUGCGGUUACAGCAACCCCGGUGCCAAUGUUUUGAGAGAAUUGGCGAGCGAUAAUGGCUAUGCGGAUUUCGGAGAAUUUCCUUGGAGUGUCGCUUUGAUGAAGAAAAAUGUACCUGAUGCUAAAUUUCACGACGCGUACAUCGGAGGGGGGACACUUAUAGAUGCUUCAGUGGUUUUGACGGUAGCUCACAAAAUCGAUGAAAUCUCAGCUUCGAAUUUGAAGGUUCGGGCUGGCGAGUGGGACACGAAAACAAUUGAGGAGGCUUACCCACAUCAAGAGAGAAACGUGAAAAAGAUAAUCAUACACGAAGAAUAUAUCAGAUUACGCGCACACUAUGACUUCGCGCUGGUUAUCUUGGAGAAACCCUUCGAUCUUAACAACAGCCCACACAUCGGAAUAGCGUGCCUGGAUAGGAGCCUGCCGCCACCUGGCACACAGUGCUACAGCAUGGGGUGGGGUGAAGAUUUUAAGACGGCUACCCACAAAUACGCUGAAAUACUUAAAAAGGUGCCACUGCCCCUUGUGGAUGGUAACAAGUGUCAGAACAAAUACCGAAACAGCAAGCUAGGUCGCACUUACAACUUGCACAAGACCCUCACUUGCGCCGGAGGAGAACCGGAUGUGGACACGUGUCUUGGGGACGGAGGUUCCUCCCUAGUUUGUCCUGUCCCCGAUAAAGUUGGCGUACGGUAUUCUAUGGUCGGCAUGGUGGUAUAUGGGUUGGGUUGUGGCACAGACCUUCCAGGAGUGUACGCCAAAGUACCCGAAGUAUAUGAUUGGGUGCAAACAAAGAUGGUUGAAGAAGGCUUCACUACUUCUUCCUUUAAAAGGGACUAAUGGAGUCUGGGUUGACGAGUAGAGAAGGAGAACGAUUGGCUAUAAUUUAGUUUAUUAUAAUAUAGUCAUCGCUGUACCAAACAAAAGCGAAUUUCUAUCAUUCAUUAUUAGUCAUUAUUUAUUAUUAUUUCGAUCAUCAAUUACUGGUCAUCAAUGACUGCCAUUGUGGUGGUAUUAUAGCUUAAUAACCAACUGUUGCGAAACGUUACAAUUUGACAGCAAUAAUGAUUUUUUUUUGGAAAUUUUUGAAAUUUAUUGUUUAAUUUUAAUUUAUUUUAUUUUAAUUUAAAAAAUAAAAAUUGCAAGUGAUUUAAUAUUAUAAGUUAGUCUAAUACGUCAUUUCAAAUUAGAUAUUGUAAACGCUUUUUGAUUUGACUUGCUUUAAAGAGUGUUAAAUCCUCAUUAUGAAUUAAUUGUUUAAAUAUAUUGUUAAAUUUAAUGUUAUUUGUAUACAAAAAUCUGUAGAUAGAAGUAGAAUAUGUGAUCAACCUAACUAACGCAUUGGAUUCACUGUAAUGUUAGAUUUAAAUUUGUGAUGCAUAAAUAAAUAAAUAAAAUUAAAGUUGUAACCUUGUAACCACGUAAAUAAUUACUAGAACGGUAUACAGUUUUUCCGUUUGUCUGAAAAGUUGCUGAUUUUGUCGAAUGUGAUAAAACCUUUAUGAGAAUAGGCGACUUUUCGUAUUAUGUAAUAUGAUGGUAAUCAAUAUUUGACAAUAACUUAAAACCAGAGUUAAUAACUCUAAAUAAAGAAUAAAAACUAUAUCCUUAAACACAAAUUUUCGUCUUAUCUUCAUUGUAAUUUGAAUAGAUAUUUUUACAUACAAAAUAAACCAAAGACUUCUUUUAUUAAUAAUUUUUAAAUUAUUAAAUUAUAUGUAUCUACAAAUAUGUAU